UAAUUGAACUCUAAUUAGGCUUCGACCUCCCAUCUCUUUGUAUAAAAGUUCUUCUCCUAUUCCUUCUUCCUCACCUCUAUCCAUUUGUACUCGAAGCCAGCAAAUUCAUGGCCGGCAAGUUCCACAGGCUCAGGUCCGUGCUCAAGCGGUGGAACUCCCGCAACCGCCUCGCUGCUGCCGCCGACGACGACGAAGCCCCUGCCGGUCUCCACCCCGUCUACGUCGGCAAGUCCCGCCGGCGGUACCUCAUCAGCUCCCGUCUCGUCGACCACCCUCUCUUCCAAGUCCUGAUCGACCAGCACUCAGCGGACGACGACCCCGGCGCCGUCGUCGUGGGCUGCGAGGUGGUGCUGUUCGAACACCUACUUUGGAUGCUCGAGAACGGCGACCCUUCGCCGGAGGCCUUCGACGAGCUCGUCGAAUUUUACGCUUGCUGAGACUUUGAACAUGACUGAAUCACAUGCACCUACUCCACCGCUGUUACGUUAAUCUGCUAUCCGCAUUGAGCUUUUGUGAGAGGUCUAAUGCGAGAUGAUGAUUAAAUGAGAGGAUUGAUGUGCCUCUCUUAUGCAAUGUUCUUCUGUCUUCUUUAAUGGAUUUAUCUAUCAAUGUAGAUCGUUAUCGGU